AAUGAAUAUUUUUCUAUUAUUGACCUUGCUUAACAUAAUAGAGAUCAAAAUUUGUCUACAAUAGAUUCCAAUCCGCACUAAUGAAGUACCCCAAUUAAAAAAAAACACGCUUUUGGGGUGCCAAAAUCACCUUGGUAUCUUGAUACGCAUAAACCAAACACGAAAGCAGCGUACCCAACAGUAACGUUCAUUUACGAGUUUUGUGAGUUCUGUUUAAUAUGACAUGCCCUGGAAAACUUUCAUAUAAAAUAUGUGUAAUAAGACUAAUGUGUCUGUUCCAACCGGAUGCAUGUGAUGUAUGUAACAGUCAGAAGGAAAAAAUUGAAGUCAUGUGUUUGUGUGAUUGUGAUACUUCUAAUUUUCAGACUGAUUGCUAGAUAUGUCCUCUCGAAGAAUAUCAGAGAACUUGCAGACCUAGGAAAGUGCCCUGCAUGUUACGGGGUUGAUUUGUGCCCGAUUGUGUUGGGAGAUGGCAUUAAAUUAAUCAAUUUUGAUAGUCUAGCGUCGGUGAUUAAUAUUAUAGGAUAUAAGAACGUAUGGUUUGGAACGUAUAAAAACGCAAAGAUUGUGGUUAAGAAGUUGGGUAGCGAUUGGGAACUAGAACAACUUGAUAAUAAACUUUGUGGAAACGAGGGGCGUAAUUGCAACGUCACUAGUUCCGUUUCUCAUGUCACCAAUCUAUCAGUGAUUGAAAAUUAUAUGAAGAGGCUCACAAGUCGUGAGGGUUCAGUGAAUGACGUUCUGUCAGGUGAUUUUUAUGUAUGUCCAACAACAUCUGGUGUUAACAGGCUGUUACAGCAUGUAAAAUUAAGGAAUGAAGCUACAGAUACAAAGACAUUUCUACAAAAUGUAUGGACAAUUAUGCAUAUAAACCCAGAACCUCUCAUCCUUCAGAUCCUACCAAAGGAAGAUGGUUGGCCAGUUCCAUUUUAUUAUGGUGCCUGUGGCAGGCUCAUAAUAGAAGAAUAUGCUGGAGAAACAUUAACAACAUAUUACACAAAACCGUGGUUAGAAAGGGCAAAACUUGCUCAAAAGCUUCUUGUUGCUGCCAAGAAGUUAACAAAUGACCACCCAGGUUUCAGAUUUUAUCUGACAGAUGUCUCACCUGACAACAUUGCAGUAGAUGCCAGUGGUAGUGUAUACUUCAUUGACUUGGAAGAUGUAAUCAUUGUGGACAGGAAUAUUCCAGACCAUGAAAAGCCAAUUUCUUGGACAUCUCAACAUGUGAGUGAACUGUAUGAAUGCGCAAGUUGUUUCACUUUUUCACGGAGUGAAAUUUGCAACCAUCAUAUCAGUGAUCAUAAUUUGUAUGCUGUUUGCCAGCAUUUGCUAUCACCAAAAGCAGUGCCUGGUAUAAUGCCAGGAGGACUUCUCCACAGCACUCCACAUCUUGUGUUAGAGAAUUAUCCAGACCUCCCAUUGAUUCUGACUCAGUGUGGAGAAUCAGCAGCACCAUUUGGGAGAUUUAAAGCAGCAAAUCAACUGUUGCAUCUACUUGCUAACAUUACAGAAACUCACAAAACUAUAAAUUAGUAUCUACAUUGAUUUAUACACUGUCAAUUUUUUGCUUGCUGACUGGAUCUGUGAUACAUUAUGACUAAAUGGUACUGUUAAUGAAUUAGUUACAUUGUGCACAGUGGUUUUGUAGAUGAAUGGAUAAGAUAAUGAAUAUUUUAUAAAAUCAUUGUUUCAUUGCAGAGAAAUGCAGGUGCGGAAAGUUACUAUUACUUGCUGCCAGAAAUCAUAUCUAAAAAUUAUUCUAAUCAUCUAUACAGUCAAAUAAUGACAGCAACUUUGACAUUUACGGUCUAGACAAAAAAAUUGACAUAGAAAAGAGCUCAAUAUAUUGUAGUGAUCUUAUAAUCUGAUUAGAUCGAAGGAAACAUUUUGAAAGAACUAUACUGUAAAAAAGACCUAACGUAAUCCUUGUGAUGUUUGGAAGAAUGUGUACUGGUGCAGUGAAGCAGUAACUGAAUCCUCACAUGAUAAUCAGAACCAAUGCUUGAUUUGUGAUGGCAUGCAUCGAUACUCCAUACUGGUGCCUCUGAUGAAAGAAAAUUAAAAAUGCAGGUUUUGAGAUGUGGUACAAUAGAACUUUUGCUGUGGUUGAAGCAAUUUGUAGCAAAUGUUGUAUUCACAAUUUAAAAUGCUCAGAAAAGCAUUAAAAUAAUGUUUUAAGAAAUAUAAGUUCCAAAAACA